CAAAACACCCCGAUUCCACCCACCCCACCACGAAACCUCGCCCUUCGUCUCCGCCUCCGUCGCCUCCAUCUCGCCGCGAUCCCUCUCCCCGGCGAUGGCCGCCGCCCUCCGCUCCUCCUGCGCCGCCGCGCGCCGUCUGCUCCGGAUCUCCCCGGCCGCGCUGUCCACCCUCACCGCCGCCUCCUCCCGCCCCGCCGCGGUGGCGCCCCUCGCGCGCCCGAUCGCCGCCGCCGCCGUCUCAGGUGGCAACAAUGCCUUUUCAUGGAACUUGAGGCGCUUGUUCAGCUCAAAUGAAAAGCAUCUGCCGGCGAUAUCUGACCCAGAAGUUGAAUCUGCGUUUAAGGAUUUGAUGGCUGCUAGCUGGACUGGACUUCCAGAUUCUCUUGUAAUUGAAGCAAAGAAAGCUGCAUCCAAAGCUACGGAUGAUAAGGCUGGGAAAGAGGCUUUGCUAAAUGUAUUUCGUGCAGCUGAGGCAUGUGAAGAAUUUGGUGGAGUUCUAGUCACCCUAAGAAUGGCUCUAGAUGAUCUUUGUGGUAUAACUGGUGAGAAUGUGGGCCCCUUGCCUGGUUAUAUAGAAGAUGCUGUUAAAUCUGCAUAUAAGCGUUACAUGAAAUAUCUGGAAUCAUUUGGCCCGGAGGAAAAUUAUCUACGUAAGAAAGUGGAGAAUGAGUUGGGGACUAAAAUGAUACACCUGAAAAUGCGGUGCAGUGGUGUAGGGUCCGAGUGGGGAAAGAUCACCCUGAUUGGCACCUCAGGCAUCUCAGGAUCCUAUGUCGAGCUAAGGGCAUGAGGAAAGUCUGCAGAUCAUAACCAUGGCAGAACAUCGUUUUCUGAGGGAAGGAUGCAUAUCAGAACAAGGUGUUCCGUUUCUCUUUUCUUCUUACUGUGUAGCUACCUUGCCAAUAACAAGGAGAUCAUCAAACAGAUGUGCACUUAAAGUAAUUCAGUGUGCUCCAGACCUUCCUGCUGUAAUAAGAACGUGUUUCUGGGGUUCACGUCGAUUUGUUUUUGCUCCAGUCAUGGUGGUGCGUGAAGCAUGUAGAUUCAGUUGAUUCCUUGCAUGAGCCGUGAAUUGUUUGUUCAAGCUCCUACUCUGUAUGGCUCUAUUGAACUCAGAAGUAGCUUAAUCGGUGUUCAGAUUCCUUGCA